GCUCGAUACCUCGUUCUUCCUCGUCAACAAGGCCGCCUGUGUCAUCAUUGCGCAACUAAUUCCAAUCCCAAUUCCAAUAUCCCGUUGCCGCCUCGUUUUAUAAGUUUGAGUUUCAUUUUAAUUAAUUCGCGCGUGUUUUACGCCAUAAUCUUUUAAUAUACACAAGGUCCCCAUUCCCAGUAGACGGUCGUUUUCCUCCGUCGUCCUCGAUCAUCAAUUCUACCCUUCACCAUGAAGUUCUCCACAGUGGCUGCGGUUGCUUUCGUCAGCGGCGCCACAGCGGCUCCUCUCGAGCUCGAAAAGCGCAACUUGGGCAAUCUUUUCCUUGAAUCGGACGCAUUGACUGCCCAGGGAGUCUUCAACUUGGGACUUCAUGUCGCUCUCAAUGGGUACCCCGAUAGGCAGAAGUGCACACUUGGAAAUGUCGCCAUUCGCAGAGAAUGGUCAUUGCUCCUCCCCUCCGAGAAGAAAGACUACAUCAAUGCUGUGCAAUGUCUUGCGAAGAAGCCAGCGAAGACCCCAGCAGGACUUGCCGCCGGUGCGAAGAACCGUUACGAUGAUUUCGUAGCAACCCACAUCAACCAGACUAUGUCCAUCCACGGAACUGGUAAUUUCUUGGCCUGGCACAGGUAUUUCACCUGGGCUUACGAGCAGGCACUCCGCAACGAGUGUGGCUACAAGGGAUAUCAGCCAUACUACAACUGGCCACGUUGGGCCGACGACCCAGCCAAGUCGCCCAUCUUUGAUGGCAGUGCCUACAGCAUGUCUGGGGACGGCGAGUACCAACCCGGACGCAACAACACAUGUAUCCCCUUCCCUGCGCUGUGUGGUGUUAGUCUACCACCAGGUAAUGGUGGAGGUUGCGUGAAGAGCGGACCUUUCAAAGACUGGCAAGUCAACCUUGGGCCCGUUGCUCCCGUCCUCGCGGAUGCGAAGCCAAACCCAGAAUUUUCCGGUCUGGGCUACAACCCCCGCUGUCUCCGCCGCGACAUCUCCAAGGCCGCCGCUCAGGGCUGGACCAAGGACUCCGACGUCUCCGGCCUGAUCAAGAACAGCAAGGACUUCUACCGAUUCACCACCGACCUCCAAGGCGACUUCCCCAACGGUUUCCUCGGUAUACACACCGCUGGUCACUUUACCAUCGGUGGUGACCCAGGAGGUGAUCUUUUUGCUAGCCCUGCUGAUCCCGCUUUCUUCUUGCACCAUGCUAUGAUUGACCGUACGUGGUGGACAUGGCAAAAUCAGGACAUCAAGAACAGGCAGUACGCCAUCGGUGCCACCAUCACCGUAAAUAACGAUCCACCAUCCAGGGACGCCACCCUCGAUGAUACCUUCGACCUUGGCUUCGUGGGCGUCCCCACUGUCUCCAUCCGCGAGACCAGCCACACCCUUGCAGGCCCCUUUUGUUAUAUUUACGCUUAAGCGCAACACGUUGUGCAUGCGCGGACCAAAGAUCCUACAUCCGCCUUUUGAACGAACGAAAGCGAAACGAAGUGAAUGAGGAUUUUGAAGGAUUUGUCGGGCCUCGGGAGGAGGUUGCAAACAAAACAUUAGUUUCUCUUUUCGUUUCCGCAUCAUGUCGAAUAUCCUUCCCGCACCUUCGGUAAAGGCGAGCGCACAACCCCCAUACGUGCGAUGCACAGUUUUUCCUCAGAGAUCCCCAACUUUUAUUCCAAAUAUACCCAAGAAGAACAUUGUUUCUGUACAUAGUACCUUGGCUUUUUUAAUUGUAAAUACGUAAAGACACCGUUCCAUAUCUU